AUGCGAUCAGCGAAGUUGGAGGCGAACGUCAUCAGCUUCAGUGCUGGAAUAAGCGCUUGUGAGAAAGCAGCCGAGUGGGAGCAGGCGCUGUCCCUGCUGAGAGAUAUGAGGGAAGGCGCGUUGGAUUCGAAUGUGAUUGCCUACAAUGCUGGAAUUAGUGCAUGCGAGAAGGGCGGGCAAUGGCAGCGCGCCUUGUCAUUGCUCGGGUGCAUGAGACAAGCGGACAUUAAACCGAACGCCAUUAGCUACAGCGCCUCAAUUCUCGCGUGUGCGUCAGUUGGACAAUGGCAGCGGGCAUUGGCUUUGGUGCGGGACAUGGUAAUGGAAUCGGCGCCGAACAUUGCCAGCUACAGCGUUGCAGUCAGCGCUUGCGAGCAAGCCGCGUAUUCGCGCGGCGCCCUUCCGCUGUUCAGCGGUAUUGGUAGCGAUGCUUGCAGUGCCACGCGAGACUUGUUUGUGGUUGCUGCAGAUGGGGGGCGCCCUAAGAAAUGA